UUGGACAGCUAUAUUCAGCAGAGAAACACGUGGGGUCGUUUUCCUCAAUAGGCCUUGCUCUACAACGUGAGAACCAUGCCGAAGUCAAAGAGGGACAAGAAAAUUUCACUAACAAAAACAGCCAAGAAGGGUCUGGAAACAAAACAGAACUUGAUAGAAGAGUUGCGGAAAUGUGUGGACAUAUACAAGCACCUGUUCAUCUUCUCUGUGGCAAACAUGAGGAACAACAAAUUGAAAGACAUCAGGACAGCCUGGAAACACAGUCGAUUCUUUUUUGGCAAAAACAAAGUUAUGAUGAUCGCUAUAGGUAAAGGAUCAACAAGCGAAUACAAAGACAAUUUGCACAAGGUCAGCAAGUUUCUGAGAGGAGAAGUGGGUGUGUUAUUCACAAAUAAAACCAAGGAAGAGGUACAAGAGUAUUUCAGCCAGUUCAAAGAGAUGGAUUUUGCACGAGCAGGAAACAAGGCAGGGAUGGCUAUAACACUUGAUGAAGGACCCCUGGAACAGUUCCCUCACUCCAUGGAGCCACAGCUGAGACAGUUGGGACUCCCCACAGCACUCAAGAAAGGAGUGGUGACGCUACUGAAAGACCAUGAAGUGUGCAAAGAGGGAGACACACUAACCCCUGAACAGGCCCGUAUUCUGAAACUUUUUGGGAUUGAGAUGGCUGAAUUCAGAGUGCGGAUCAAGUGCAUGUGGAACUCUGAAACGAGCGACUUUGAGAAGCUAGCUGAGGAAGAGGAGGAGGAAGAAGCCAUGCGGGAUAACGAUGAAAAAGAGGAGGAAGAAGGGGAUGGGGAAUGAAUCUGGAUAGAGCAAUGGACUUCUCAGACUGUUUUUAAUACUGUGAAUACUUUUUAGGAGACGUCAAAACAUAAACUACUUUAAAGUGUUUCCUCGUUGCAAUGUUACCCAUUGAAUUGUGUACAUACAUUUUGUGCUUUAUAAAUCAAAUACAACAGUACAAACUUA